AUGGCAUGGGGUGAGAGCAAGCCGAUAUACCGUCUCUCUAAUAAUGACAAACGAAUGAUCAUUGCAGGUCUGGAUGGUUUUUGCGUCCAAGAUGACUGGGACAGUAUAUAUUCCUCUCUUCCCCCUGGCGGUCGUGCUGAAUUUGGGAUUGUUUUGUUGGAAACCAUGAUGAACAAGUUCAUCUAUGAUAAAUUUGCCGCCUCUACAUUCUGGUUCAUGGAUGCAAAAAUGGAUGCUGCUGACCAGGAAGGAGAUGACAACUUCUGCAAACGACUCGACUAUGUCUAUGAGAGGUUCAAAGAAAAAUGGGUGUCCAAUCCUCCUCCCACACCACUCCUUCAUGCGACACUGGAACGCCGGAAGCCCCUUCUAAAGACGUAUGGAGACGAACUGCUAGCGAGCCAGCCAUUCCAGCUCUUAUUCCGAGGCUCACUGAGCGAGGAAGAUCAGGCCAUACGCGAAGAAAGAACUCGCGAAGUCCUAGAGGAAGCUGCCCAUCAGUUCACCAGUCUCCAAGGCGAUAUGUUUGGCAAUCUUGUAGUUGAACUACUGCCUGACCUUCCGACCUUUGAUCGCCAUGCCAAAAACAUGGAUCAUCAUAUCCUUCACGUCGGCUUCAUGCCUCACCACGGUGCUCGGGUUCUAAUCGUGACACGCCCGCACUACAGCUAUCAUGACAUUGUAGCAACCAAUGGUUGGCAAUCUCGGCCUCCUCUCCAGAUCGUUACCGCAAGGGUUCUGACGGCGCCUAAGGGGCCCAAAGCUCGGACUCGGUGGGCUGCUGCUGGCGAUAAGCCCAUUUAUGUCGCGCAGGGUCACACCAAUACCGCAGAGAAGGAGGGAGUGAACCAAGAGGAAGCUGUUGAUGAGGGUAGUGAUGGUGAAUACAAGCCACGGAAGUUGCGGAGGACAUAUUUGCGAGGGGCUGAAGAUGAAUAAGGGGUAUUAGCCUGGGAGUAGACGGACGUUUGUCGUUGAUAUAGGGGCUCUAUAUGAUUUCUGUUGUGCUUCAGAUCUGUCUCUUCCUUCCUUUCUUUCUUCUGAUUUUUGAUCGUUUCAAUGUACGGCUUGUGUGUCUCUGUCAUUCAUUCCUUUC